ACCUCACCCUUAAACCACAUCUCCACACCACUUUGACACCGGUGUUUUGGGUUUAAGUGGACCUACAACUAUUCAGACGACAUCCAGAGAACUUUUUAUCCAUUAUUCACAACCUAUUUUUUUUAAUUUAAAAGAAAAAAGAAGGAAAAAAAAUCAAUAUAAUAAUAUGGGAAAGGAAAGUAUCAGUUUUUUUAUUUUAUGGAUAACUUUGUGGAACGUUUUUGGAACUUUUUCUUCAACUUCUGAACCCACCAACACAACUCUUUUUGCAAACACCACAGCCACUGCUGCUCCAACCACUGCUAAAUGGCUCACAAAUUACACUGACAUCUUGACCAAGUUCUCCCUGCGUACCUCCGACAUCCCAGAUGAGGACAUGUGCUAUGUCGUGCCCGGCAUCCCACAAACCAUCAAAGAGUGCAGAUUCAAUCCACAAGCACAGACCUUCGUCGUCAUACAUGGCUGGACGGUAACAGGGAUGUUUGAGAGCUGGGUCCCCAAGCUGGUUUCCGCACUGUUAGAGCGCGAGCGGUCGGCCAACGUCAUCGUGGUGGACUGGUUGAGCCGCGCCAACCAACACUACCCGACCUCUGCAGCCUACACCAAACUAGUGGGCCGUGAUGUUGCCAAGUUCAUUUCCUGGAUACAGAGAGAGCAGCAGGUUCCCGCGGACAGGAUUCAUCUGCUGGGUUACAGUCUGGGAGCACACGUGGCUGGAAUCGCCGGAGACCUCGCAGAACACAAGAUCAGCAGGAUCACAGGUCUGGAUCCUGCUGGUCCCACCUUCGAGCACGCAGAUAACAAGAACACUCUGUCCCGAGAGGAUGGCCAGUUUGUGGAUGUGCUGCACACCAACACGAGGGGCUCGCCGGACCGUAGCAUCGGCAUCCAGAGACCUGUGGGCCACAUUGACAUUUACCCCAAUGGAGGCACCUUCCAGCCAGGUUGUGACAUCCAGAAUACCUUGCUGGGGAUUGCGUCAGAAGGGCUCAAGGGCCUCCAAAAUGUGGACCAGCUCGUGAAAUGUUCCCACGAACGCUCCAUCCAUUUGUUCAUCGACUCCCUGGUGAACACCGACUUCCAGAGCAUGGCUUACCGCUGCAACUCCAAAGAGACCUUCAACAAGGGAAUGUGCCUGAGUUGCAGGAAGAACCGCUGCAACAAGCUCGGCUACAACGUCAACAAGAUCCGCACGGCCCGCAGCGCAAAGAUGUAUCUCAAAACUCGUGAAAUGAUGCCUUACAAAGUUUUCCACUACCAAGUGAAGGGACACUUCUUCAGCCUGGACGAUCUGAAGUUCAACGAGCAGCCAAUGAGGAUUUCCCUGUAUGGAACCCACGGAGAGAAGGAGGACAUUACCUUUGUCUUGCCGGUCCUGAACGGUAACAGCACCCUGUCCUUCCUCAUCACCACUGACGUGGACAUCGGCGACUUGUUGAUUGUGAAGCUUCACUGGGACAAGGAUGCGUACUUCAGCUGGUCCGACUGGUGGGGCAGCAGCAAGUUCCACAUCCGGAAGCUCCGCAUCAAGUCCGGGGAGACCCAGUCCAAGGUGCACUUCAACUCUAAGGAUGGAGAGUUUGCUUACCUCAACAGAGGAGGGGGGGAAGCAAUCUUUGUCAAGUCAAAAGAAGACGACUCAAGCCGUAAAGAAAGACAGACGCACAGACGUAAAACCCAGGGCAGUCUUUUUGGGCAGAAUGAUGUUUAAAGUUGAUCUUGCCAUCGCCCACUACGCACAUCAUACAAAGAUGGAAAACAUGCAGCAACACUGGGAAGCCUUUGCAAGUAACUGCACACCUGAUGAAUACUGUUUUUUUUAAUUCUUUCCAUUUUUCCGAGUCUCCAACCAACGCAACCUCAUCUGUUGUGCUACAAAUAAGACUUCUCAUGUCUUUUCUGCUGCUAAAAAGAAAAAAAAAAAGAAAAAAAAGGCAUCAGGUUUCUUUUUGAUGAUGUGCUCAUCAUUUUUUUAUAGUUUUGGUGGCUUUAGCUGCCGUGUAUCAUUGUUUAUGCUUUUGUAUCCCAUAUAUGUAUAAUCUAUACCAACUUUUAUAUAUAUUUUAAGCUCUUUUGUCUAUGUGAACUUGGAUUAUUCUUAGUCUAUAAAUGAUUCAUUGUGAUAGGCAUAAUUAGGGCAUGUCUUUGUGUGAUUGUUUAUGAUUUUUUUUUAAAUGUUGGAAUCGAUCAUUUUAUGCCUAAUGUUUAUUUUUAAUUAACCACUAAAUGACAACAAUCAACAGGGACCAAAGAAGCCUUUAUUAUCUACUGAACGGAAAAUCACAGCCUUCUGUGUAAAUACCUUAAUCAUCAUCAGUAUUUUUUUAACAUGUGUGUCAGUAGCUGAUCUCUUGAAGCCUUGCUUGUUCUUUGAUUGUGUUGGUUUUAAUGUCACUGGUCACUUUAAAAUACGAUCUGCCCCCUGCAGCCAUUUAGAUGUCAAACGUUUUUUGAGAUUGCACUCCAUUCAGGAUUUGCAUUCUUUAUUUAUUCCUUUCUUUGUGAAAAAAAAGCAUAAAACAAAAAACAAGAACAUAAUUUUUUUUUUUUUAAAGAAGAAAAAGUGAGAUCCAGUAACGAAGGUCAUUAAUUAAUCUCAGCUGAGGCAGAUUUCCUCACUGAUUAAACUCAAGUUACAACAUGUCCCUAUACUGAGAGCUCAAAACUAACAAAACUGUUAAAAAAAUUCAGAUGGAUUCAGAUUGGGUAAAAUUACACCCAUAACAACCUCAAGAUCAAGUCCUACUGUAUUUAUUGAUUGUACAGUUCUAUUUUUGUAUAUUAAGUUGUAAUAUAUUUUGGCAGGCUUCACUUGCCGUCUGUAUCGCUAUGACUGAAGUGUUUUGUAUUUUUUGAAGGACAAGGCUUCGGGAGCAUCUGUCAGAUUUGUUUCCAAGCCAGCUGUUAGGUUGCAUUGACUUUAAUGAACUGAAAUGCAGUGUAUUGUUUAAAGAAAUGGCUUUGAAAUGAUUUAAUAAAGAGUUAUAUCCAA